GAUACAGAUUUGUAUCAAGUUAGGGAUGGCGAGUACUACCCCGAUGAUUGGCAAUCGUGCGGAAACAACAUCCAUCGGAUCCUCCUUAUAUCGAGGUUUGAUGGAGAAUGGAAGACGGUGAAUAUUUUGUAUCGCCAAGAGAUGCUUAACCUUCGAGAUGAGGGAUAUCUCGUCCCAUCAGAUGACCAGAUGUUUGAGACCUACGAAGCAGGACACCUAGUAAAUCUUGUUUUGGACUCAGAUAGACCGAACCCACUCUUCCGAUCUCCGAUUGGUACAGAUCCUAAACACAUACUUGACCUUGGGACCGGGAAGGGCGUUUGGGCAAUUGACGUGGCUGAUAUGUUUCCCAAUGGCAACGACGAGGUCGAUGAUGCGCUGCAAGAGUGGACCUGGCGUGAGCCCUUUGAUUUGAUACAUAUGCGAAUCAUGAUUGGAUCCUUCACUGAGUCAGAAUGGGAUCGAGUGUACAAGCAAUGCUACGAAAAACUGCAGCCUGGUGGAUGGAUUGAACAAAUCGAGGCUAGUCCGGUAGUUCUAUGCGAUGAUGGAAGUCUGCCUGCAGAUAAUAUUCUUCAUUCCUGGGGAGUCUACACGAUGGAGUGUGCAAAAAAGGCUGGCCGCGAGUUGAAUGCUAUUGACACCAUGGCAGAGAAUAUUCGCAAAGCUGGCUUUGUCGAAAUCCACGAGAAAGAAUCUAAGUGGCCUAUUGGUCCAUGGCCUAGGGAUAAGAGACUGAAGGAAGCAGGGGUGGUCAACUUCCAGCACUGGAUGUCUGGAAUGGAAGGAUGGUGCAUGUGGUUGCUGACCAAAUUUGGAUCACCACAGCCGUGGACGAAGGAGGAAGUUCACGUGUACGUCGCGAAAAUGCGUGCGGAACUCAAAACCCCGCGGUUUCACAUCUAUCAGAGAGCACGAAGGGUAUGGGCUCGUAAGCCUUUUGUGGACGAGCUAGAGCCAUACAUCAAAAAGGAGCCAUCGCCAUGA